CCAGCCUCUUCGUCACGGAAAUGGCCUUCGGGUGCUGUUGAUGCUGCUGCUCUUGUUGGUGCUGGUGGGCUGGGUGCGUCGUAUCUGCCGCUGCUGUCCAUCCUGAACCACCGCACAUCCCACUCCGAGGAGCCAUGAUGGGUGGGCGAGCAAGCUAUGAUUGUCCCUCCCCCCCUCUCUCCUUGUGCACCCACCUCUGUCUUGGCGGCCUUCUUCACAGGCGACCCAUUUUUGCCCACUGGAUGCACCUGGCACGCACAUGGACAUACACAGAAGAGCCAAUCCAUAGGCACACAAUCAUUCAGUGCCUGCAUCAGUGACCCGCCGUACCCCGUUCUGCAAGGGCCGCUUCACCACGUCGUUCGGCUGUGAUGGCGGAUGUUUGCCUGGCAUCGGUGCGGCUGUGGUGGUCGCUGCUUGUGGCUUGCCAUGGUGCUUCUUGCUCUUGGCACAUCGGCCAUGGUACUUGCCCUCCUCUGUCCAGUCCAACCAACACAUCCCGACAAACGGCAGAUCUGUCUGUGUGUCCGCCUGUUUGUUGCUUCGUGGCCACCUGUGACGCAUAAGUUGUGAUUCAUGCUCAUCGUUGCGAGGGCGCUUUGAUGAUUUGCGACCAAUGCGAGGAGCUGCGGCGUUAAAGUUGCGUAGAUGCAG